AUGCAACUAUUGGCAUCUGAGUUAGACUUGGAGGCUACAGUAAAUACCGAUUCUGAUGAAACCUUUAAAGCAAGGACAUUAUUGAUACGGGAAGUGCUGAUAUUACUCAAUAGACUCGUGUCAAACCCUGUACAGUCCGCCACUGUUUUGCGAUUGUUAACCAACAACAGGGAUAUGGUCAGUUUAACCAUCGACGUUGAAAACAGGUUGUCCAAAAAAGAACCAAAGCAAAGGCUGUCCGGCAGCAUAACUAAGCAGAUGAGAGAAUCUGAAAUUGUUGAUUUGGGACGAAUGUUCAAGAGAAGGGUUUCUACUUAUCUUGGAGAGUAACUU